UAAUUGGUUAAAUAAAAGUCCAAAAGAAAAAACAAACUCUAACUAAUAUCCAACUUGUUACAACUCUGGAGUGUUUAUGGAGUCGUUGCAUCGAGUAGAAACACUACUCUCUGGUCUCCAUCACCACCACCCUCGUACUAACUCCAACAGAAACAGAGUUCCCAGAUCUGUCAAGAUCUUAAACACAGCCAAUCAUGUAAACCCAAGAAAGUGUCAAUGUUUCGAUCUCUACGACCAAUUGGUUCCAUACAAGAAAGCUUGGACAUGGCAGAAAACCCUUGUCGACGAGAAAAAAACACUGAUUGAUAGAAACCAGGACUGUCCAGACACUGUGAUUCUAUUACAGCACUCCCCUGUUUACACAAUGGGAACUGGCAGCUCAGAGGAGUAUCUCAACUUCGACGUAAAGGACGCUCCUUUCGAUGUGUAUCGAACCGAGCGUGGCGGUGAAGUCACUUACCAUGGCCCUGGCCAGCUAGUUAUGUAUCCUAUAAUCAACCUUAGGAACCACGAGAUGGAUCUUCACUGGUACCUCAGGACGCUUGAAGAGGUUGUCAUCCGUGUUCUUUCCUCAGCUUUCUCCAUCAGAGCUUCUCGUCUUGAUGGUUUAACUGGUGUUUGGGUCGGCAACCAAAAGGUGGCGGCCAUAGGUAUCCGUGCGUCGACAUGGAUAACGUACCAUGGUCUGGCUCUUAAUGUCACAACGGAUUUAGCACCGUUUGACUCGAUAGUUCCAUGUGGGAUUAGAGACAGGCGGGUUGGGAGUGUAAAGGGCUUGCUUGCAGUUGCAGAUGGAGAACAAGGAAAGGUUGGUGAUUUGAGGUUGAUAGAUGUAGCUCAUGAGUCUUUGCUUAAGGAGUUCUCUGAAGUUUUCCAGCUUCAUAUCGAGAAGCAAACAGUUUCAGAUCCUAAUGUUCUGAAAGCUGAGGGAUAAAAGUUCUUUGCAAUCACUAUAA